UGAUCGACACUCAGAGCUUCAACAGAUCUAAAUGAACAUCCCAACCCGAUAAAGCGGAUCACCUGCUUCGAUCGAAGCCAGGGUUUUCUAGGGUUUUGAUCAGAACUCCGACUUCCCGUCGACGACCUCGUUUCUUGAAGCUUUCUUUCUUUUGGGUCCUCGAAUCGCUGGUUUCUUUGAUGCUUGAGCAGCAGGAAUUUCAUCCUCCCUUCGGAUCUCGCCUCAUCUUCUCCGAAGGUCAGUGUUUAUCUGAAUUUCUGGGAUGAACAUAGGGUUUGACGCAGAAAUUUUGGGUUGAAAAGGCUUUGAUUCGUUUGGGAAGCUGGAAACAAACAAUCCAGGAGUUUUUUUCUUGAAAUGUUUGAUUUGAAAAUCAAGGAAGUAGGGCUUCCUCUGUUUUUAUAAAAUUAACGUUUUUUAGGGUUCUUUUGAUCGUCCUUCUCUGGUUGGAUUUUGCUUUUCAUGGCGUCCAACAACACCAAUCAACCCCGUCCGAUGGGCGGUGGCAUGAUGCCGGGCCCUGUCAACCCUCAAACCCAGUCCCCGAUGGCAUCUUCCUCUCCAUUCCAAGCUCUAUUUCAAACCCCACCCCCAAUGCACCCCCAGUCGCAGCAUCACUCCCCGUUCCAGCUCCACAUCCCCUCUCAAUCCCCAAAUCCUUCUCUUUCCGCCCCUGGCAUGUCUGGCAUUCCUAAACGCCCCCCUCAGAAGCCCCCUGCACGCCCCCCUGCUCCUGCCGCACUCCCUAUCAACAUGCAAGCCUUCAAGACCGGGGAGCUCACUCCUGCUGCACGGCGCAAGAAGCGCAAGCUCCCAGAGAAACAGCUACCCGAUCGGGUGGCAGCUCUUCUCCCUGAGUCUGCACUGUAUACGCAGUUGCUUGAGUUUGAGGCUCGUGUAGAUGCGGCUCUUACCCGCAAGAAGGUUGACAUCCAGGAAUCCCUCAAAAGUCCUCCGACUCUGCAGAGAACCCUCCGGAUUUAUGUUUUCAAUACAUUUGCUAACCAGACACCAAGAACACCGGAGAAUAAGAAUACUGAACCCCCAACUUGGUCACUGAAAAUUGUGGGAAGGAUAUUGGAGGAUGGAGUUGAUCCUGAUCCUGUGAGUGGGCUACCGAAACCGAACCCAAUGUAUCCCAAGUUCUCGUCUUUCUUCAAAAGAAUCACCAUUGCGUUGGACCCAACACUGUAUCCAGAUAACCCAACAAUUAUUUGGGAACAUGCUAGAUCUCCUGCAUCUCAUGAAGGAUUUGAGGUUAAAAGAAAGGGGGAUAAAGAGUUCACUGUCAGUAUUCGGUUAGACAUGAAUUAUAAUCCUGAGAAGUUUAGGCUUUCACCACCUUUGAUGGAAGUUCUUGGUAUUGAAGUUGACACCCGUGCCAGGAUUAUAGCUGGGAUAUGGCAGUAUGUGAAAGCGAGGAAGUUGCAGAAUCCAAGUGACCCAUCUUUCUUUAUAUGUGAUCCCCCACUGAAGAAGGUUUUUGGAGAGGAUAAAUUGAAGUUCUCUUUAGUGUCACAGAAAAUUUCCCAACAUUUGUUUCCGCCACAACCAAUACAGUUUGAUCAUAAAAUCAGACUUUCAGGAAAUGGUCCUGUGGGCAAUGCAUGCUAUGAUGUCUUGGUGGAUGUGCCUUUUCCAUUGCAGAAGGAGAUGUCAGCAUUUCUUACAAACUCUGAGAAGCAUAAAGAGAUUGAGGCAUGCGAUGAAGUUAUUUGUGCAUCAAUUAAGAAAAUUCACGAGCAUCGUAGGAGAAGAGCAUUCUUCCUUGGGUUCAGCCAGUCUCCGGUUGAGUUUAUAAAUGCUUUGAUUGCUUCACAAAGUCGGGACUUAAAACUUGUAGCUGGGGAUGCAGGUCGUAAUGCAGAAAAGGAACGCCGUUCAGACUUCUACAACCAACCAUGGGUGGAAGAUGCUGUUAUCCGGUAUUUAAAUCGUAAACCAGCCGGUGGAAAUGAUGCUCCUGGUAGCACAUGAACUCGAUGCUUCUCUGUUACUUUGUAAGACAACCAGGCGAGGAGAUCUUAAGGUGAUGUUGGCUAGGUUAUCUCUAACUUUGUUGCUGGGCACUCAAGUUCAGAAUACUACUUUGGGAAAUGGUCUAAAUCCUGCAUGAAAUCAGUGGCAAUAAGCUUAUGGGUCUACAUCUUUGGACUAUGUAUCCUGUAUCUGAUAUUUCCUUGGCCAUUAUUUGGAGUGAUCAGUAACUAUACUGUAGGCCAACCACACUUUUCAUGGGGAAGGAUACCAAAUUUAGGGCUACCAUCAUUUUAUGUGAAUCUUGGAGCAAGUAGUUAAGAAACUAUACUUACUGUGUUUCCUGUCUUAAGAAUGAGCUAAAUCUCGCACCAUUUGCUUAGGUUCUAUGUUGAGACUUAACUUACCAAGUUUGCUCUUGACUUAGAAUCCUAAAUCACAUGAAUGUAUUUAUGUGAUAUAUUUGAAUUAGUUUUUCAUUUUCAUGCUAUCUGCUGGGAAAUGAAGAAGGCUCAUUUGGAUGAUUG